GUCGCUCCUGUAUUCCCAUAUUACUAUUCCUGAUGAGUGAGAACAUAAUUUACGCGCGUAAAAAAGAGGACCAGUAUUGUGGAACUUGUAAAUACCUGACAGUGUUGAGGUCUGAAUCUGGAUCACAGUGCGAGCUUCAGUUUGAGCUAAAAGCGUUUGAGCGACUUGGGCUCUUGCGCUGUAUCGAAGACGUCCCGAAAUAAUCCGGUGCAGCAAGCAGCGGCUUUGUACAUCCGGCAUACAAUUUCAGCCUCACGUUAUCUAUUGUCUAUUAAUAAUCCUUUCUGAAGUAUCGGACAACUGUUGGAUAGAAUAAGCAAACGCCGACAAAAAAAUGAGGCUGCACGUGGCGCAGGAUCCAGCUGCAGGUGCCCCGGAAGAUGGUCAAAACUGAUUAAAGGAUUACACACACGGUGAACCACGCGAUGAAUUUUAUACAUAUAUGCAGUGAAAAAGUAUAGUGAGAUAAGUGGAAACGUGGUAUAUCUUACCAACAAUAUCCGUCGACAAAAUAUCUGAGUAAAGAAACGGAUAGAGAGAAAGAGAGAGAGAGAGAUAUACACACACACGUGUAAGAAGAGAAUUCUGCAAGGGAAACUUGGAGACAUUUUUAUCCAGGCGAUGCGGUUGGCGGUGCGGACGACUUUCGAAGCCAGCAAGAAAGCCGGUCGUCUUCGUUAAACGCUACCAUUUCCAAAAUGCGAAGCGAAGUUAGCGAAUGGCUGGCCACGUGUGUCGGGUCACCUAUAUGCGUUCUUUUGCUUUCCUGGACUCUUUUGAUCUACCAGAACCAGCCGUCAUCGAGUAAGCGGAGAAUCGAUCUCUUAGUGGUCGCCGUACUCGCCCAGAGCCUCAUUCACCAACUGGCCCUGCUUUUCUACGCCAUUCUUAAGCUUAUAAGACCAGUCAAUCAUUUUGGAGAAUUAUGCUCAACUUUGGUAUGGAUGCUGAACUCGUCGAGCAUAUUACAAGAGUUGUCGCUAACGACCAUUGCAAUUUUCGCCGCAAUAAGCUGCGAGGAAGUGACGAAGAAUCACUUGAAGUAUCACUUGUUGAGCAUGAGCAUUCUGUCGGCCUGCAUUGGCGUGACAGGUGUCCUGAACUUCCAGCCAGACACCUGCGUCUUCGUUGCUCACGAACUCUCGCCUAAGUAUGGGAUCUUCUUCAACUCCUUGCGAGGUCUGCUCAUGUUGACGUCGAUCCUGAGCCUCUUCGUGACCUUCUACAAAGACAUAUGCGCGAAACCGAAGAACGAGCUCCUGAAAAGUGUCUCCGACUUGUCUGACCUCAGCUCGAAAAACUCAUCAGGCUUCGAGUGUCCUCAGGAUCGGACUUGGGACCCCUCGAGUGUGUCCUGCACGAGCAGUUCGACGAACAGCAGAGCCUGCCUUAGGAAGAAAAAAGUGGUGGAUGAGAACAACAGCCAUUCAACGGUCUACAGCGUUCUGUUUGUCUGCUAUAUCUGCAACCACAUUCCAGUGCUGGUCAUCUCCAUAAGACCGGAACUACUGCGGGGCUUUUGUACACCACAAAAUAUAGCCACGUGGCUACCGCUACUUCAGGAUGUUUUACUUCCAAUCUGUUUGGCUAUUUUCGACAAGAUGUUCUGCCACUACGUUGCCAAAGUUUACACGAAGCAGGAUCACGCAGGGAAAUUAUCACACGGUGGUAUCGAUGGAAAAUUCAGACAUUUCGAACAGGACGCCGAGUAUAAGUUGCAGUUAAAUUUGAAUCAUGGCUUAAAAUUUCCACUAACUAAUGGGAGUCUCUAUGGAAGGUUGCAUAACCACCAAAAUAGAGGAAGAAACGGUACAAUAACGAUGGGAAUACAGCACUACCCAAGGUCACAGUCUCACGAUGAAAAUGCCUACUCGUCUCUCCCGGCGGAGUUGACCUCGUUCACAAGUUCGACGUUUGAGCCCCGUAAAGACUCGAGGAUAGGCUCGCAGAAGGGAAAGGUUUCCAGCGACCAGCAACAGCAGCAGAAGCCGGACAGAAUCCGGAUAAACGAGAACUUCGAGUUCGGCAGCAAGCGCAAGAUUAGCAGCACGGACGUCUUUGGUCAGAACAUGGAGAACCUGGUGCAGCUCGACGACGGCGUCGCUGCGAUCGCCAGACCGGGAUUCGGGCCCGGAAACGGUCCUCGAAAUCACUACAUAAAGGGAAGUCUGGGUCAGAUAUGCGAAGAGGGUCCUCGUCUUCACGCCCCGAAGGUCACAGUCGGCCUCGAGAAUUGUUCAAGGCUGGAGAAAAGCCUGGACGCAAAGUUCAAGUACAACUCGUGCACGGAGAUCCAUGAGAUACCGAAUCGCGCCAGGAAGCCGAUGCGCAGGAACCAGAGCUUCGACGAGUCCAGCGGAAACGCGGUCUGCGGUCCCGAGGGCGAUUCACGGACCUACGUCAAGGGCAAGGGAUGCUACCCGUCCGUCUUCGAGCUCCAUUACAGCGGCGUCGAGGCCUCCGGAGGCUACGAUACUUCCGACGACGAGAGCUGCGACCUCAACGAAGAAUUCCGGGACUUCGGAGACACGAUUAGCUCGUGCAGAAGCUGCUGCUCAGUGACAACCGUCGCCAACGACGACUUCGAGUUCUACCAACGUCAGGAACCCGCGAGGGCGGAUAUCGACGGCUCGAAGAGAACCGGAAACUCCGAUGCCUGCAGCAGCAUGCGGUCAUUUACGCCGAAGAUUAUAGACAAAAAAUCUUCCAAGUCCUCAAAAACUGCCGCUUCCGUUUCUGCUGAUAAUUCACCCGGCUCAAGGGACGCCCGGAAUUUUACCAAGCCAACGAUACAUUCGUAUCAUUUGAAGAACAAAAUAGCCGCUGGAUACUCGAUGAAUGAUCUCGACAAAUUAACUGUCAGUGACAAAGCGCUUGCUUUAUCCGCUGAAAGUCUUCGCAAUAUACUGAGAGAUUCUGGUGUCAGCUAUCUGGAUAACGGAGAACUUUGCAGACACGACAUAGGCGGCUCAGCCCCUGACUUUAAAAGAAUAUUCGUCUCCGAGUUUAUCUGAAUUAUGACUAAAUUUGGAAAUUAUUUGGAGACUUGAUAUCUGCUGUUUUGCCUUUUUCACGCAGUAUCGUAUUAUGAUAGAGUUGUGUUUGCGUAUGCAGGAAUAUGUAUUAUGUAUGUACAUAACUAUUUUCACAUUACAAUAUAAUAUCAUCGAUUGUUUGUAUUCGUUGAGCGUUCUUUUUUUAAACGUGUAAAUAUUCCGUGUAUAUUUGUACUUUAUUAUUACUAUUAUUAUUAGUAUUAUUACAUAUUAUUUAAAUAAAGCAUAUAUCGCUUUUUCUU